UCCAGCUUUGGGGCGCUCUGACCCCAGCCGGUUUUGGCGGUGGCGCUUCCGGAACACAAUGCGCAUGCGCACGCCGAGAGGCGGAGGCCCGCGGCGGAAAGAGCGCUCCGCCUGGCGACUGAGGGCGUGGGUCAGUGGGGACUCGAGGCGGGCCUGGCGGCGCUCUAUCCCUCCCCAUGCGGCUGCGGCUCGCUUCUUUAACUCGCGAGCAUCUGGCGCGCUGUUCUGGGUUUCCACGUGGGCCCGCCCACCGCCAUCUUGAAGCUGUGCCAAGGUACAAACAACAGUGAUUAUCAUACAGCUGGAAAGAAAGGCAAAGAAAAUGCUUUUUAUUUUAGAUUGGGCAAUUAAGCAGAAACUGCAGUUUUAGUAUGAAGAACGGAGGUGGAAGAACAAGCCGAAUCAGAAGACGAAAACUCUUCACAAGUUCUGAAUCAAGAGGAGUGAAUGAGAGCUACAAGCCUGAAUUUAUAGAGCUUAAGAAGUGGCUGAAAGAUAGGAAGUUUGAAGAUACAAACUUAAUACCUGCUCGUUUUCCAGGUACAGGAAGAGGGCUGAUGAGCAAAACAUCCCUACGGGAGGGACAGAUGAUUAUCUCAUUGCCUGAGAGUUGCCUGCUCACCACGGACACAGUGCUUAGAAGCUACUUAGGGGCAUAUAUUGCCAAGUGGCAGCCUCCUCCAUCUCCUGUGCUGGCUCUUUGCACCUUUUUAGUUUCGGAAAAGCAUGCUGGGGACCGGUCUCCCUGGAAGCCUUACCUGGAGGUUUUGCCCAAGGCCUACACCUGCCCUGUUUGUUUGGAGCCAGAAGUGGUGAAUCUUCUUCCCAAACCUUUGAAAGCAAAGGCCAUAGAGCAGAGAACCCACGUGCAGGAGUUCGUUUCUUCCUCCAGAGACUUUUUCUCUUCCCUGCAGCCUCUGUUUUCGGAGGCCGUCGAGAGCAUCUUUAGCUACAGCGCGCUCCUGUGGGCUUGGUGCACCGUCAACACCAGGGCUGUGUACAGGAAGCGCGCGCCGAGGCAGUGCUUUUCCGCAGAGCCGGACACCUGCGUGCUCGCCCCGUUCCUCGAUCUGCUGAACCACAGCCCCGACGCCCAGGUAAAAGCAGCAUUUAAUGAGGAAACUCGCUGUUAUGAAAUUAGAACAGCUGUGAGCUGUGGCAAACACAAAGAGGUGCUCAUCUGCUAUGGCCCUCACGAUAACCACCGCCUGCUCCUCGAGUAUGGAUUUGUUUCCAUCCGCAAUCCUCAUGCUUGUGUUUAUGUCUCAAAAGAUAUACUUGUUAAAUAUCUUCCAUCAACAGAUAAACGGAUGAACCAAAAGAUUUCCAUUUUAGAGGAUCACGACUUUAUAGAAAAUUUGACGUUUGGAUGGGAUGGACCGUCUUGGCGGUUACUCACAGCUCUUAAGUUGUUAUGUCUGGAGGCUGAAGAAUUGACAUGCUGGAAAAAAGUACUUAUUGGGGAAGUAAUUUCAGAUACAAAUGAGAAGACAAGUUUGGACAUAGCCCAGAAAAUAUGCCAUUAUUUCAUCAAGGAGAGUAAGGCUGUGCUUCAAAAGGUUUCUCAUAUGAAAGAUGAAGAAGUGGCUUUGAUAAACCAACUAACUUUGGUAGAAACACUGUGGACAGAAGAGCUGAAGAUUCUCCAGGCCUCUGCUGAGACCCUAACCAGUUUGCAGACAGCUUUUACGUAACUUCACCGAAGUGCAGGUGAUCACCUCUAAUGUUAUCUGCGUAAUCCUGCUCCUCCUGCUUCUGUCUGUGGGGUGGAGUGGUGGCCGCCUGGGGACGUCGAAGGGCAUCUGCAGGGGCAGAGCAGGUCCUGGGGACUCCGUCCCAUCGGCAUUUCUGUUGCUGUCAAAGCAAAUAGCAGUCCUGGAGGAAGACGUCCGAGGAACGUAUGAAUUGUCACGGGAGGGCGAGGCUGGGAGGGAGCCGGCGUCAGCCCGGGGCUCCGUUUGUGGUCUUCCUCUGGGCGUCCUGCUUCUUACCUGACCCAGCGGCCGUAAAAGCACAAGACGUCGUGCUGCUCUAUGCUCUGAUGCCAGCGGGUUAGGGUUGAGGGGCCUGUGGCAUGUGGUGGUGAGUGGCUGGGUGGCUUUGGAGGGGGCAGUGUGGGGCAGUGCCCAGCAGUCUUGGCUCCCAGCCGGGCUCCGCCCCCGCCGCUUUGAGCUAGAGCGACGCACUUCGAAUCUUCCGUCCUUGAUUGCCCAUCCGGAAACGAGAUUGUUACGGGGGUCCUGCGGCACAGGCCCGGGUGGCGCUGCCCCUCCCCGUCUGCGCCUCCCCUGCCCGCUGAGGACCAGGGAUUAGCUCACGGGGAGGGCCCCUCCAGCCCGACUCCCUGUGAUUUCUGUGCACAGGGAGUGAGUUCGUCCUUGUCGAGCAGGAGACUCGUGGAGCCUCACCAGUCCUCCCUCUGUUUACAGUUUCCCAGAAUGUGUUCAAAUCUCUGGUCAGCCCGUGUCCCUUUCCCAUUCUCUGUGGUGGGUGUUUAAUAGCCCUUUUAUUCUGCUCCUUUUCUUCAUUUUAAUGGGGGUAUUGGGAGGAAUAGGAGAUAAAGUUUUGUGCUCACUUGGUCA